CAAUGACACUGGGCGGUUCAUGAAUGGGUUUUUGAAGUGGGAGGGCCCGCUAUCUGACUUUACCAGUCAGGGGAAAAGUAGGUGUUGCACUGAAGUGUUUGGUUUGGUGCGAUGCAGCUUCAUGACUGUUUUUAAACACACAAGCAGCGGUUCACUGUGUGUACGGACUGCAGCGGAGCGUUUGACAAGCAUCCUCCAACCGGUGAGACGAGCAGGCUAACAACAGCCGUGAAGCGGCGGGGAAAGCUAGCUUCAUCCCAGCUACACGGCAGCCCAGAGCCAGAGAAGGGAGAGCCGCGUCGGCGAGCCAUGGGGUUCCGCAAGAAAAACAAGAGCCCGCCGGUGCUGAGCCAUGAGUUUGUGAUCCAAAAUCACGCCGACAUGGUUUCGUGUUUGGCCAUGAUAAUCCUCCUCGGCCUGAUGUUCGAGGUCACAGCCAAGUUUGCCAUCAUGUUCAUCACAGUCCAGUACAACGUAACACAAGUUCUUGAUGAAAAGAGUGAUCCAGUUAACCAUUACCAGUAUGGCCCUAAAGAUGUGGCCACUGUGUUUUUCUACCUGCUUAUUGGGGUCAUCCUUCAUGCCCUGAUACAAGAAUAUAUUCUCGAUAAAAUGAACAGGAGGUUGCACCUGUCAAAAACCAAACACAGCAAGUUCAAUGAGUCUGGACAGCUCGCAGCAUUCUACCUGUUCUCCUUCAUCUGGGGCUGCAGCAUCCUAACAGCGGAGGACUUUGCAACAAAUCCUACUUUUUUAUGGGAGGGUUACCCGCACACUCACAUGGUUUUUCAGGUCAAGUUCUUCUACAUUUGCCAAAUUGCCUAUUGGCUCCAUGCACUUCCUGAGCUGUACUUUCAAAAAGUACGGAAGGAGGACAUCCCCCGCCAGCUCUACUACAUUUGCCUUUACGUUGUCCACAUCACUGGUGCUUAUGUCUUAAACCUCCACCGACUGGGCUUGGUGUUGUUGGUGCCUCACUACCUGGUGGAGCUCCUGUUCCACGCUUCUCGCCUCUUCUACUUCAGUGAUGAGAACAAGCAGAAGGGUUUUACUCUGUGGGCUCUACUUUUUGUCAUCGCCCGCCUCCUCACCCUCACACUCUCAGUUCUGACGUUUGGCUUCGGGCUGCCCCGUACAGAAAACCAGGGCUUUUCCUUAGCAGAAGGCAACUUCAAUGUGCUCACCAUAAGAAUGACUUGUCUGGCAGCCAUCUGCCUCACACAGGCUUGGAUGAUGUGGAAAUUCAUUAACUUCCAGUUGAAAAAGUGGAGGGAGCACAGCCAGAACCAGGCCUUAAAGAAGAAGGCGGUCAGCCCAAAGAUCAAGCCUCCCAAAAGGGAGCCUACAAGGGGAGGCGCUGCCAAUGGGGUUGUGAAGUCCGAGGAUAAAACAUCCCCACGGGCAAGAAAAACCAAAGCUUCAUAGAGAUGGAAGAACAGAGACUUGUCCUGGUACGGUGACCCACCAAGAAGAAGCUGCACUGUAACCUGUGAUGCUGUACUGUAUGCAUACAGUUACACCUUUUUAUAAUGGCAUUAUUGAAAAAUUAAGCAAGAAACUGUGUUUGAGGCUGUGAUUCGGUCUUGUAUAUGGUAAUGUCACUGCAUGAAGGCUAAAGACUUUACGGCUCGUUCCUACCUGUGCUGUUGAGUUUGCAUCUCUCACACACACAAGCAUUCAGUGGCCUUUUUUUCAAAUGCUGCAAAAUGUUUGGUUAUUUAUUUUGCCAUAUACUACAGAUAGUUAUUAUUUGAUAUACUUUGACAAGCUGUGACCAGCAAACACCGUGGUACAUGGCAACUGCAUUUAGUUAAUCCAGAACAAUCCAAUCUUUCUUCAAGUGUCCUUAUAAUGUCAGCGAUGUGUACUGUAUCACUCGUUCUGCUUGUGUUACUUUCUGUUUGCCUUCUCUGUUCGCUUUUUUAUUCUCGGGUAUCGGGGGACAAGCUUUCCACCGCUUACAUUAGUUACAUCCCAUGGUGCACUGGGAGGUGUGUUUGUAAGGGGAAGUGUUUGUAUGCCUGUACACUUAACUUGUGUGUGUGCAGUAGUGUUUUUGCCUACUGUGUAUGUGAAUUAACUGGGCGUGAAUGUUUAUGAUGGUGGGGAGGACAACAAUGUUUAUUACUUGUCUCAUAAAAUAAUUAUUGCCUGUGUGCAGAGCAUGAAAUGUGACAAUCUGUUCAUUGACUCCUGAACUGCUUUUAUAUUUUUCAUUUUUUCACAAUCCUAUCCUUUCCUUCCUUUCACUUUGGUUGGGCCCGUCUCAGUUCCCAACAUGCUUCUGUAUGUGAAACACUGAGUUAUGGAUUGUUGUAUGUUCUAUAGGUUAUCGGUUACUAAAUGCUUCUGUGUUCAAUGUCUCUGCCCCUCAGAUGCCCAUUUCCUGUGUGAGCGAGACUCUGUGAUUUCUUUUUGUCAAAUGUGGCAUGUUUUGUUGUUUCUGCGUCACCUUUCAAUAAUCCUGACAUUGCUAUGGAGCACACGUAUUGUACUGUUGGCCAUACUCUCUCCUCUCCUGGACCUGGAGUACUGCUCUACCACUAAACCACUGUGUAUGUAAAGCUCUGUGCAGAAAAGACUGUAAAGACCUGUCUGCAGACAGUUGGAGUUUGGAGUCUUAGUCCAGAGCAGGGGUGAGAUGAAGAUGCUAUUAAUUUCUGCUCCCUUUAGCGCUCCUUAUUGGGUUUUGAUGGUCUUUUGAAGCCUUAUGUCUGUGUAUGGCCGUGUCAUAGGAGGGAUGGAGGAGCAGAGGACUUAUGUACCAGCCUGUUAAUAAACUGUCUCAGAUGUAAAAGAGAAGAAAAAAAAAACUGACUUAACCCGACACUGUACUUAAAUAUGUGUCAGAUUUUUAAGCUAUUUUUAUAGAGGGGAAACUCACUGUUAAAUUCACUGUUGUUCAGUACAUACGUGUGAAUAUUUGUUUUGCAUCCAUAUUGAUAUGAAGUGUUUUUAUAGAAUGAAGCUUGAUGAACUGUUAGCGUGGAUAAGCAUUGUGGUAUGAGUGUAAACAUUUAUUUAGCCUAAGGGUUUAUUUAACGUCAGGCCUUAUUAGAGCAAAGUGAACUCUGUUUUAUAACAGUGCUCAGUUAACACUAUGCUGCAGGCGUAUGCACUGCAGCUUUCACAACUACAUGUACAAUAGUAAAGUUCACAUUCACACUGACACUAGUCAUCCACACAUCUGUUAAAAUAUAGUAUCUGAGGAGCAAAUGGUGAACUCAGUGUGUCAUUUGGUCCUGCAGGUGUUGUCUCAGUAUUUGUGAUUAGAGGCCCAAACGAACAGUGAAACCAUCUGUAAGCCUCGCUUGCUCAUCAGAUGUCCCACUGUACAACAAUCAGCAGACGUUUAGGCUCUAAAACACACGCUACUCUGCAGUCCACAGCCCCCUAUGCUUUGAGACACAAUAGCCUGUAUAAUCCCACAGGAAUGCACUUCUUUUUAUUUAUUUUUGCAUAGUAUGCAUUAUGUCUGAGCACCAUAACACUGUUCACUUGAGCUGUUUCUGGAUUGAUUCUCAGUGAAUUACAUUUGCUCGAUUUCAAACUGUGUGCAUUUUGUUAGUGUUGAAAACUAAAAAAGGCUGCAAUGAUUUAACUGUAUCAGCAACCUCUAGGUGGCAACAAUCAUUAAUGCAUUUCAAC